GCCCAAAGAACUUCAAGCCCACUGCUUGAUCAUCGAAUCAAUUCGCCGGACGGUAACUUGAAGCUACGAAAAGCUGGCUUAUUUUAAUGGCGGAAUUAUCACAAUUCACAACCGUGACGAAUAUGGUGAUGCAACGCAACGCUCGCUAACCCUUUCGCCGAGUCAACCUGGUCGUCCUUUCCCAGUUCCCCGCCCGCAUAUAAAUCGACAACCGCCACGAAAUCACAUCCUCACAAUUUUCCCCUCUUCCCUUCUGCAGGCAGGUCUCAAACUCAUCAUUCAUGGCAGCACAAUCAACAUCCUCUUCCAUUCCCCAACUCCCACUCGCCGGCCGAGUAGCCAUCGUCACCGGCGGCUCCCGCGGUAUCGGCCGCGGAAUUGCGACCCAUCUCCACUCCCUCGGCGCGAGAGUGACGAUCAACUACGCCUCCAACUCAACUCAAGCCGACCUCCUCGCAUCACACCUCGAUUCCACCUCUCCUGCCUCUGCCGUCGCCAUCAAAGCCGACAUCUCAGAUCCAGAUCAGGUCAAUCACCUGUUUGACCAAUCGGAGCAAUUCUUCGCCGCCAAGCCCCACAUCCUCGUCAACUGCGCCGGGAUCAUGGACCCCAAGUACCCGACCCUAUCGGACACAGCAGUGGAGGAUUGGGACGCAGCUUUCAGCAUCAACGCCAGGGGAGCGUUCCUCUGCUGCAGGGAGGCGGCGAAUCGAAUCGUCCGCGGCGGCGGAGGGCGGAUCGUGAUGGUGACGACGUCCGUCGUGGGGAUGCUGCCCCCGGGGUACGCCGCGUACGCAGCUUCGAAGGCGGCGGUGGAGACGAUGACGAGGAUCGUGGCGAAGGAGCUGAAGGGGAGUGGCGUGACGGCGAAUUGUGUGGCGCCGGGGCCGGUGGCGACGGAGCUGUUUUUCGAGGGGAAGAGCGAGGAGGCGGUGAAGCGGAUUGCGGAGGCUUGUCCGUUUGGGAGGAUCGGGGAGGUUGGGGACGUGAGCAAGGUUGUGGGGUUUUUGGUUUCCGACGACGGGGAGUGGAUUAAUGGGCAGGUUGUGAGGGUUAAUGGCGGAUUCGUUGUCUAAACUGAUGACCGACGGGUAUUUUGAAUCGAGAAUAUGCCAGACGUUUGAAUAAGGUGAUAGUUAUGUUAAAUGGUAAUUUCACUCUAGUUUUGCGAUUUUAAGUUCGUAGCUGUGAGGUUCAAACUUAAAAUAGUUAAUUUCAAAUUUAUAAGUGCGAAGAGCAUUCAUCGUGUGAUCAUCAUUAACUACCGGCAUUCGAACAUCUAUCUAGAUAAUAAAUAAAA